AUGGCGCAUCCGUGUUGGUUGGAGACCUUUCAGGCGCCUUGCCUGGCGAGUCUCCGUGUGCAGGUGACUUCACCCACCCAGGUGGCCACCAAGGUUCGUGGACUGAGGAUCGAGUGGAAGAAUCACGGCUUUGUGACUGGCGAAGAUCUUUCCAUUUUCAAUGGCUGGAUCACUGCUGGUGAUGGUGGAAUAGAUCUGAGGUUGGAGCAGAUCCCUGCUACUCGGGUCGUGCGCCUUGGAGGCUUCUUGGCAGAUCAGAUCAUCGAGCUGUGUUCAGGGCUUGGAGGCAUGUCUGCCGCUGCUAGUGCCUUGGGUUUGAAGAGUAUGGCAUGCAUGGACCUCUCUCCUUUGGCCAUCGCAGCUUGCAGGAGAAAUCAUGACAGCCUUGUUUUGGAAGGGGACAUUUGCAACCCUGACGAUUUGGCACGUCUUUUUUCUUUGAUGAAGGGGGUCAAAGUUGGGCUCCUCUGUGGAUUUCCGUGUCCCCCCUUUAGUGUGAUGUGUGAUCAAAAGGCCUUUGGGGAUAGUAGAUCUGAAGUGUUUGUGGCGGCUUUGAACGCUGCAUUCCUCUUCAACUCCGCCUAUGUGAUCUUGGAAUGCACGCCUACCACUGGCAAGUAUCAACAAGUUCAAGAUCUUCUAUGUUCCUUUGCGAGAGCCAUGAACUUUGAGUGCAGACAGCAGAUUCUCAAGCUCUCCGAUGUCUGGCCAUGUCAAAGGACUCGUUGGUGGUGUUAUCUCAUUCCAGCAGAGGCAGUUCCCAACAAUGUCAUCUUGCCCUCUUUGCCCAGGUUUCCUCACCUACAAACAGUUGGUGACAUUCUGCCUUCUUGGCCGUUUUGGUCCAGAGCUGAAGAGGAAGCCCUAUCAUGGACGCCUGAAGAGGAAGACUUCUAUGCAUCGACCCUGGUGUUGGAGAACCAUGAAUUGCGACAGUCAGGAUCCUGCCCUACUCUUCUUCACAGCCUUGGACAUCAUCUAUAUGCAUGCCCUUGUGGCUGUCGGCAUCAGGGAUUGAGCCAUGAGCGGCUUUUGCGAGAUGGUGUGGCUCUCACGAUGCUUCCAUCCACCUUUUCAGCUCAGCAUUAUCGGCAUUUACACCCAUGUGAGGCGGGUUAUCUGUGCAGUCUUCCGGCUGAUUUCAUCUACAACUUAGAGCAGGCGAGGAGUGAUCUGCCUCUCAUUGGUCAGACAGCUGCUCCACUACAGACCAUGUGGGUUCUCUUGCAUGUUCUACAUCAAUUGCAAGAGCAUGGAUUUGGUUCUUGGCCCUUGAACUUCUCCAAUCCUCAGGAAGUGCUUCUUGCUUACAUCAACAACAACCUUGAGGUCUGCAAGCAGCUCUGGCCUACAUGUGAGCACCGACAUCCACAGGAGGUAUGCUUCAAGGAGGCUGAUUCCAGCUUUUCGUGCUUGCUUGACCCCAUGACAUCGGCGCAGCAGUUUCUUCAUGCACACCAACAACUUUUGGGUUGGGCUCAUCGUGUCACUCUUUUUCGGGAUGGCAUCCCACAGCUUCCCAAUGCUCUCUUGCGAGGAGGUUCCUACGAUGUGGUUGUCACGCAGCCUAGACACUCUCGGCCAGCUCCGACGGACUUCAUCUCAGUCAAGCUGCACGAUGGCAUUACUGAGUAUGACUUUCAUGGACCAGCAGGAACUCGUUUGUCAUCAGUUCUUGAAUCCCUUGGCUUCAGCUACAAGCAUGGCAUUGAGUUCAGCAACUUAUUCCGCAGCUAUCGAUGGGGUGAUGCUCUGUGGCAAAGUGAGCAAGGAGAAGUUCGUGGACUUGGCAGGGCAUCUCCCUCAGCCACUGGAGUGCAUCAUCAUGAACUCUAUGGUGAACUUCACACCAUCCUCCAACUUCUGCCAUCGCACAUCCUGGAUGCCGUGCAGGUUGUUCCUCACCACAUCAUUCAGUUGCUCAUCAACCGGCCAGCCAGCUUUGCAUCCAAGCUUCUCCUCAACGAGCACAGUACACCCUUUACCUGGCUCAUCUUUCCACUUCUGGCGAAGUCUCAUUGGAGUCUCCUCAUCUUGGACUUCUCGCUCAUGGAAUUUCACUACCUUGAUGGACUUCCAGACUUUCACUUGGAUUUGGUGACCUCGGUGGUUUCAACCGUUGCCCUUGCUUUCAGCAUGGCCACUCCAAAGCUUCGUCAGAGGACUCCGCUGGAACAGCUGGAUGGCGACUAUUGUGCAGCUGUCUUGCUUCACAAUGUGGGCAUCUUCUUCAAUCUUUGGUCGGCCAUGACCGUGGAUGCACUACAGGACUGGACUGACUCGCUCAAGUCUCAGGAGGAGCUUCAGGGUUGUGGGCCUGCCGAGUACUCUCAGACACAUGCUUGGCUAUGCAAAUUCCUUAUCACUAAGGGAGUUCCUGAAGCUGAUUCUCCAGCCCGCGCCACCUUGGCUUUGAAGAAGCUUGGCCAUGCACCCAUCGCCAAGGCCAUUUCCCAGGCCAACCCAUGGUCAGCACUGAAGCAGUUGGCAAACGCCCAGCAACGGCCUUUUCAGUGGAUCCAACACAACGAGCUGAUGAAUCACAUCCAACAGAGGGCCAAGGAGCACCACGGUGCCGCAUCCGGUCCGUCCAAAAAGCCCUCCAAGAAGCGAGCUGAACCGGCACCGCCAGUGUCUCCAAAUGCACUGAUCUUGGCUCCCAAAUCCUUUGUGGAUGAACAUGAUCACGAACUCCCACAGCUUCAGCUCGACAAAGUGACACCUGAAUCCAAUGGCAUCAUUUUGGGUACCGUGGAGCAAGCUGCCAAUUUCUUGAGAGGUCAGAAGACCAUAUCGAUCAAUUCGCUCGCCAUGCUCACAACGACAGAAAUUCCGAGCACUAUGCAUGGGAAGCUCACUGUCCAGCACAUGGUCUGGCCAGCACUGCUCGCCGACAGUGCCGAUCCCAUUUUGAUUCGUGGAUCCUGUAUACAGCUUGGAGAUCACAUGGCAAAGAAGGUUUUGGGACCGGAGCCAAGUCCUGCCACCUUCGUCCCUGAGCUCUUCAAGCUUCAGGUUUACCAAGAUCAAUGGCCACACUCCUGGACAGACUUCAUUGGCAGACCUCUCAAGGCGCUUGUGCAACAUUUCGAGUGUCUUCAGUUCUGCGAUGGCUCCACUUGCAACAAUGCUUCCAGUUGCAAGCGCUUUCACCCGGCUUUAGAGGAGGAGAUCGACAUGGUCAUCCUUGAUGCUUUUGGAUGGAAGUGGUGCGAUGCUACUGGAGCUGCGGCCAACUCCAAGAAAGCUGCGUCCUUUGGCAUCAUGGUCCGAGUUCCUCCUUCAGCUGCUCCUGCCAUUCUGGCUAUCUCCGCCACGGAUGGACUCUACACUGAACUACGUGAACCAGUAUCUAAAGGGCCAAGCACCAAGUAUGCCGUGAUUUGGAUCAAAGGUGAUCUGCAGCAGGCCAUACACACCAAAUGUCAGACGGCCAAAGCUUUGCAUGUUGUUCGUUCUCAUCAACGCUACGGACUUCGCUGCCUGGCUACUGAUCAAGAAGCAGUGCACAAGGUUGCUCUUCCAAAGCUCCCUUUUGUUGCAGGCAGCAAUGCUCUUCAUCGUGCUCCUCCUCAAGUGAUGGGUUCUCUGCAAACCCUGCAAAGGCUUCAAGCUCCUUUGGGUGAGGACCCCCUGCAGGUCCGGGAUCCAUGGGCCACUGCGCUUCACUCAGUUCCGGCUUCCUCUGCUCCGCCAGCUUCCUCCAAGCUGGAUGAGAUUUCACAGCAGCUUCAGACGUCAGUGGCAGAACAAGUUCGGGAACAGCUUCGCUCUUUCUCCGACUCCUACAUGGACACAGAUGACUCUCGUCUUUCGCAAAUGGAGGCCAGCAUCACUGAGUUGCAAGCACAAUCCACGCAGUUUGCUGGCUGGUUCGCUGAAGCUGGUGAACGCAUGCAGGCGCUUUCCAAGCAGGUGUCCUCACAGGAGGGUCAAUUGGUUGAGCUGACCAACAAGGUCACGCGCACAGACCAGCGGACCGAGCAGUUGCAUCAAUCGGUGGGCAAGCUUCGCCAGGAUUUUCAAAAUGAUUUGGAAGCCUCAAUGGCCCGGCAGUUGGAAAGCAUGGACAAUCCUGGCCCUACGGCCUUCCACAGCUCCCGCACUACGGUGGCUUCAGACGAGGAUUGGGGCUUUCCUCGCCUGAACCCGGUCUGUGGCUCCUCCAUUGAUGUCAGCACAGAUGAUGAGCACGCUGCUUCUGCCCCUUGUUUGGUGGUGGGAACUGCCAAUCCUAGUGGCAUCAAUGGCAAGGCACUUGCAUUCGCUUCGCUUCCAUGGGGAAUAUGGAAUGUGGCAGAAACUCAGGCAAGUCAACCCGUUUUUGCUCGCUUUCAGCGUGAACUGAACUGGAUGACGCAAUACAAACUUCAUUGCAAGCAUGGGCAUUUUGCUCCCUUUAGGCCUCACUCUGACUUUGCGGGCUCGUGGACGGGAGUGGCACAGAUCUCUCCGGGACCCAUUCAUCCUGUUCCUCUUCAAUGGCAGGGUGCCUCCUAUCAAUCUGGUCGGAUCAUGCUCUCCAGUUUUGCCCUGCAUGAGCACACGCUCCUUGGAGCAAGUGUCUAUGCACCACCUGCUGGACCCACAUAUCGGAAUGCUAAACAGCUUUCUUCUCAGCUCCUAGAGCAGCUUACCGCAGAGCUUGUGCUCUCCUCUCACGGUCCACGUUUCAUUGCUGGUGACUUCAACUGUGAUACCGAGGACCUUCAGGUCUUCACUACAUGGAGACUGGCCGGUUGGGAAGAGAUCCAACACUUGGCAGAAAAGCGCUUCUCCCAGCAUCGGCUUCCCACUUCCAAGGGCAAGGCAAUUCGCGAUCAUCUAUGGCUUUCUCCAGAACUUCAACAAUGGCUCCUUGAGGUGCACGUGGACUCGGAGCACUUUGCUGACCAUGCCAUUCUCUAUGGCCGCUUUCGUCUUCCUGAAUCACGUUGGUGGCACCAGCACUGGCCUAUGCCAUCCAAUCUUCCUUGGCAGCAUCUUCGCCCUGAUCGACUACCAGAUUCUGCUGCCCAUCACUGGGACACCAUGAACAUGUCUCAGUCUUUCGUUCACUGGUCCAGAGCCACAGAACAGGCCCUCCGCACCACCGCUUACUGUCAGCGAGCCACUGCUACCACUCACUGGCACCUUCAAGUUGACCAGAUGUCCACCUGGCGAGCCAUCAUUCAUGCUCAUGGAUUUCGCGAUGGAUUUCGACGGUGGUGGCUGCGUCGUCCCAUUCAGCACGUUGGGUCACCCCCUUCCUUUCCGGAGUGGCCGCCUUCGCAUGCCAUUGCGCAGAUCCUCCUUCACGACUUUGAGGCCAACUUCAGGCAAUUCGAAUCCUGGCACUUUCGUCGCAGGCAUGAUCUUGUCCAAGCUCGGCAUCUUCAUCACAAUCAAGUUCUCACCAAGCAGCUCAAGCAAGGAGACUACCUGCCCAUCACUCACCUUGUCAAGGAAGAGCAGGCCCAGAUCUUGCAAGUCAACAAUGAUCACUCAGUUCGUCUUUCAUGCCAUCUUCACCUGCAAGGGGAUCAGAGCAUUACGCUCAAUCUUGAGCCUGCUGAGCUCCAACAGCAGCAAGGUGACGACUACUACCUGAACAGUGACCUGCUCUCAGCUCCUGGGCAAACAGUCGUGGUUCGUACGCAGUGCAACACCUUCCAGGCCAUUGAAUCUGAGCUCGCCAACCUGUGGACACCCAUUUGGCAAAAGCAUUCUGGCCUGGCUCUUUCACACUGGAAUCGCAUUGUCGCUUUUGGGCUGCGUUACAUGCCAAAGCUGCCUCCAUUGGCAUUUCAAUGGACUUCCUCGCAGUUUGCGUAUUUGACCUCCCAUUAUCGCAAACGGAUUACACGUGGUCCUGAUGCCUGGUCUCGUGAUGACAUCGCCCACUUGCCUGCUCACAAGCAAGCUGAUUUGGUCAACAUGUUCCACAAGAUCCAGGAGGGCGCUGAUUGGCCGCAACAGCUUGUCACCGGCUUUGUCAUCCCCAUCCGGAAGACACCUAUAGCCGACCAGGCUAAGCACUAUCGCCCCAUCGUCCUCAUCUCCUUCCUGUACCGGCUUUGGGCGACAGGCAUUUGUAGGGCCUACCUUCCUUACCUCACCAAGAUCAUCCCAACCUUGGUGUUUGGUUACGUGCCAGGACGCAGAGCAGAGGACGUUUGGUUUCUUCUCCAGACACUCAUUCAGUCUUCUUACACCAUGCAGUCUGAGUUGCUGGGGUAUAAUGCUGACCUGGUCAAAUGCUUCAACACGCUGCCAAGAGCUCCCAUCCUCCUGCUCCUUCAGCUCAUGGGCUUCCCCACUGACUGUGCGAAAGCCUGGAAUCAAGCACUCACGCAGCUGCAGCGACGUUUCAGGAUCGCCAGCCAUACUGAAGAUGCUCUUCUCUCCAGUACCGGCUUCCCUGAAGGGGAUCCACUCAGUUGCAUUGCCAUGCUGGCCUUCAAUACGGCUUUGGACACGUAUCUCAAGAUCUAUAGCGCUGGAGUGGCUUGUCCGGUUUUCGUGGACAACAUUCAGCUCGUUGCAUCGGCACUAGGUGAGCUUUGUCAUGGCAUCAACGUCCUGCAGGUCUUCAUGGACUCCUGGGACAUUUGUCUUGAUCCUGGGAAGUGCUUUGCAUGGGCUACGACGCCUGACUCCAGACGUGCCCUACGCAACCUGGGCUAUGCCACCAAGCUGGCGGCGAAAGACCUUGGCGCUCAGAUGACCUACUCCCGAGUCUCUAGAACACAGGUGGCUCAAAGCAGAAUCGGCGCAGUGGCAGAUCAUUGGCGUAUCCUUCGGCAUUCUUCUGCGCCGCGGUGGGCCAAGCUUGUUGCUAUACGCACUAUCACCUGGCCCAAAGUGUUACAUGGUGUGGCAAAUCGUCUCUUACCAGUGGCCGCUAUUGAUCAACUUCGCUCUGCUGCCAUGCGAGCAUUACAUUGGGAUAGAGCUGGUGCCAGCCCUCAUGUUCGUUGGUCGCUCAUGCAGUUGCCUCAAAUGGAUCCAGAGUAUCAACAACUUUGGCAGGUUCUUUCCACCUUUUGGCGUAUGGUGCAUCAAUUUCCGUUGAUCUUGGAGCUAUGGUUACAGUCUGGUGAUAAUCCGGGGUUCCGAAGUCAAGGUCCUCUGCAUGUGGUUGUGCAGUGUCUUGGCUACCUGGACUGGCACCUUGAUGCUCAGCUAUGUCUGUGGAUUCAGCACUUGCGCAUCAACUUUUGGACGCUUUCUCUCGAAUGUCUCCAGCUUCUUUUACAGUAUAGUUGGCACCAGAAAGUAUGUCUUAAAGUACGUCAUCGGAAAGACUUUGCCGGCCUGCACUCCAUUCAUUGGGCUGCUUCUUUUCGCUCUUUGGUUUUCCCCCAAAGGGAUGCUGCUGAGCUUUUGGCCACGAUUCAAGAUGGCACCUUCUUCACGUCGCAUGCUAAAGCGCACUUUGAUGAUCAGCAUUCGGGCCUUUGUGCUUCUUGCCAACAACCUGACACAGUUGCCCAUAGAGCGCUACAUUGUCCUUACUAUCAUCAAGUGCGUAGACGAUACCCGGCGGAGGUCCGGCUGUGGUCGCAACGAUCAAUGGCCUUCACACACCAUGGACUCCAUCCAGCCAAUCCUCAUCAUUGGGAAUAUUGGCAAGCCCUGUUGAGCCUACCUGACUGUCGUGAAGAUUUCUUUGACCUCACGGUGAUGGCCGAGCACACCUUCAUCUUCACCGAUGGCAGUUGCUCUUCGCCGAAGAAGCCCAGUCAAGCUCUAGCGGCAUGGUCAGUCAUUACAUUGGAGCCACAGCGCACCUUGUCCCAAGGUCCAGUGCCGGGCCUGAUUCAAUCCAUUGAUUUGGCGGAGGCCAUGGCGGUUCAUUCUGCUUUUCUUUGGGUGCUGCGAACUGGUGCGCGGGCAACCAUUUUUUCUGACAGCCAAUAUGCUUUGGACAACUUUCGGCAUCUACAGAAACAUUUGGAUGUCCCUCCUCGUUGGAAACACCAGGGUCUCUGGCAGCAAGCUCUCAAAACGGUUGAACAGCUUGAUCAUGGGCAGGUGACACUUCAGAAGAUUUCCUCCCACAUGGAAGAGGAUCAAUGUGCUUCACCUCGAGCUGAUUGGUGCAAGAAAGGCAAUGAUUUUGCAGAUCGGUUGGCCAGAUGGCAGAACCAUUUGCGCUCAGAUGCCUUCAUGGCCACAUACAGUGCUUACUGCGCAGCUGAAGAGGUGGCAUUUACCGCAACCCGUGCACAGCUGUCCUUCCUCACAGAUCUGGCGAAUUUGAGUCUGUCGAGACCUACUGAGUGUAGCAUUCCUGAGGAGGCCUCCUUAGCUACCCUUGGAGCUGGCACUGAAGCUAAUGACGCUUCCCUUGCCGCUCAACUAGGUUUUGAGGCGCUGCUUGUUGACGCAUGGCCGCUCGACCUCGGAGAGGGGGUCUCCUUCCUGAACGCCGUGCCGGUGAUCCAAAAAGCACCCCAUGCGGAGCUGGCAGCGCAGGCCCAGUUUUGGCGCGCUUUGUUGGCCGGGCGAGUCCCUGGAAGCCCGGAAGUGCCCGCUGAGGGUCACUGGCUUCAAUUGCCACCCACUCCGUUCGCCGAAUGCAUGCCGAUGGUUCGCAGCGCAGUGGUGCUUUUGGCAAGCCACCUGGAUCAAGAGGGAGUGAACUUUGAAACGCAUUCGCAAAAUGUGCUGCCCAACUGCUCAACUGAGAGCAUUUUAUGUAAUCGCUGUUUUGCUUGGCCUUCGGUGGCGCCAGCACGAGAGGCGACGUCCGAGACGGCACUCUUGCACCUGCCGGAGGUCCUCCGAGAGGCCAAAGAUCCUACCGCGCUGCUGCUCUCACUGUCGCAGGCCCUGGUGGCUUGGUUGGCAGAGCAAUCAGCGCUGCCCAAGCAGAAGCGUCAGGUUGGUAGCGCAGCCUUGCGACAGACCUUAGUGGAGCUCUGCAGGGCCGCAUCUGCCCUGGAAGGAGAUGUGCGGCCAGAGGUCCUUUGCUUGCUGUCCUUCGCAGCACACCACCCCUUGUUGGCGACUGGCUGCUGGCCGACGCGUCGACUCUGGCGCUAUUUGCAAAGGAAGGACUUUGGGAAGUGCUUCAAGGAGGCAAGCCUCUCGGGGAGGGUGAAAGGAGAUGAAAUCAAUGUGGUGAUGAUGGAGGUGCUCCGUAUGCGCAGCACAGUGCGCGCAGCAUCGGUCGCCAGGGCGCCUCCCGGCCAACGAUGGGAGUGGCUGCCGCCGGGCAGCCGUUGCUUUGGCAGAGACCUUCAGCGGCGAGGAGGCAACCAGACUCUUACAGGCACCUCGGUAGAGGGGAUUGCCUCGAUGCGUUGCCAUCGGAUCAGGCCUCCGAUCGGCCUCAGCGCGCGACGUGUCGCCCGUCGCGACACGGAGUUCGAUGCAUUGGACCGGCCGGAGAUGGGCGAUGGCCUGGGUCUGAAGGGGCUCACCCUAACUCAAACCUUCCAAGAUCUCAAACCAUGGACUCCUCUUUUCAAGCUGAAAUCAGGGAUUUCGGACCAGACAGAUGUGAAGGUCUUCUUUGCCCCUGAGGGCGUCCUGUGGAUCGAGGAGGGCGUCUAUGUGGCCGAAGAGAGGAACAACAAGAAUGUGUCGAAGAACAAGUACCUUCAGGACAUGGACGAGGAGGAGGAGGUCAAAGCCCCAGCCUCCCGGAUGAAGUUUGCGCCUUUGGCCCGCGACAAGGAGAAGCCCAAGGAGAGCAAGGCAGCCAAGGAUCCAAAGGCCAAAAGCAAAGCCAAGAGUGCACCCGGAGAGAAGGGAGCAAUGACACAGAGUCAGAUUGAAGAAGCCAAGAUUCAGGAGCAGUCUGACACCAGAGCGCGGAUUCGCAGUUAUGUCGAUGAGGCGGACUUUGUGAUGGACGUGAUCGCGGCCUUGGCGAGGAAUCCGUUGAAUCACCAGGUGAUGGAUGAGAGCACCGGGGAGCUGGUGCCGCGCUUCCUGAAACUCCUUCAGUCGCCCCUCACGGUGCAGAAAGCGCGGCAAUGCCUUCGCAGCUUGAUCGAGGUCGUUGUUCCAGCGACCGCCAUCGGUAGGCGUGACUUGUUGGCAGACGCCCUGAUGGUCAUCGGCAAGCAUUGGUUGAACCGCUCCCCUGCUGCGGCUGGCACUCCGGGCGAGGAGCGUGUUUGUGAGGUCGUGCUUUCGGGCGUGGAUGGGCACCAAAGACUCAGCGGUUCUACCUUAGCCUUGGUGUUACCUCUCAUCAUCCGAGCUCUUUUCGACAGCAGUUCCCAGUUGCAGGAGCUUUGUACCAAAGCGCUUCAGCUGCUAGAACGUCAACUGACCUUGGGAAUGCAGGUGCCGGAAGAGACGGCGAUGGAGAUUUUUGACUCGCUGAGUGUGGUGCUCUUGGCGCUUCCGGGCAUGUCCAACCAGGCCCAGGCCGCGAUGGUGGCGGCCAGCAAGCACAUGAUCUCAUCCACAGAUCAAUUGGUCCGCUUGGCGGACAUGUUCUUUUCCAACGAAGCUUUGAUGAGAAGUUCUGUGAUCUCCGCGCUGGGGGCCUUGCCAGAGAACGAAAAGGUGCAGGACGGCACCGUCGAUGCGGACGCAGCACGUGCGGUGCUGCGGCUUGGGGCACUGGACGCGUCGGCAGAGGUGGCGAAAAAGGCCCUGGAAGAUUUGCAGCUGGACGUGGAUGAGGUGCUCUUGAUGGAGUUGGUGGACUAUGCCUCGAAGCGGGGCACUUUGCCAGAGGUCCAAGACUUGGUGGCCAAAGCCUUGGCCGAGGUGCUCACGGAGUUGGAUGAUCCGAAGAAUGCCCAGACGGCGCUGGAGUUGUUGACGCAACUGUUCCGAGAGGAGUCCACAUCCAGGAUCACUGUGGCGAAAUGCUUGGAGAGGAUCUAUGCGACCAAUCUCAAGGACGAAGAGCAGGUCUUCAUGGCCUUCAAGUUCUUACUGCGUCCGGGCUUGAGCCUCACCAACGGGAGCACUCCCGAGGCGAGCGAGCUGCGAGAUGUGCUUUUGGCCGCAGGCAUCAGUUUGAUCGAACAGCACGGGGAGACCUACGCAGAUGGGUUGAUCGCCAUCGUGGAGCAGUUCGAGGACAGCGCUGCCAGCACCGCUGGAGGGGAGUCGGCACACCUGGGCAUCGCGGUCUUUUUGGGCGGCUUGUCCAAGCACUUGGCCGCCGACCACGUGAAGGUCCCCGAAAUUCUACCCCGCCUGCUGCAAAGGCUGCAAGAUAAGACCUCAACCACAUCCGUUCAGAAUGCCAUUGUGAAGGUGAUGCCUCCCUUGAUGAAGCAGAAUAAGGAGAAGGCGGCCGAGACCUUGGACCAACUCUUAGAGACCGCCCUGGCGCCCAAGACCGACGCCGUCACGCGGCGCGGCGCCGCCAUGGGCGUGGGCGCCACGGUGAAAGGUCUUGGUAUCCAGGCGGUGCGGCAACACAACAUCCUGAUAACCAUUGGGGCCGCCGCCGAGGACAAGAAGAGCGCCGCCGUACGUGAGGGCGCGUUGCUAUGCCUGGAGGGGCUGACCAUGAUGCUAGGCCGACUCUUUGAGCCCUACGUGGUCUCAUCUUUGCCACUGUUGCUGCAGGCCUUCAGCGACUCCCAGCAGAGCGUCCGCAAUGCCUCACAGGUCGCCGCCGGUGCCAUGAUGUCGCAGCUCAGUGGUCCAGGUGUCAAGCAGGUCUUAACACCUCUGCUGGCAGGCAUCCAGGACAAACAGUGGCGGACGAAACUGGGCAGUAUCGAGUUGCUGGCCUCUAUGACUCAAUGCUUGGAGAAACAGCUGGCUGCGUGCCUCCCACAGGUGGUGCCCGCGCUGUGCACCGUGAUCAAUGACCAGCACGCCAAGGUGAAGGAAGCUGCCAGAGAAGCCAUCAACAAGGUUGGAAGCAUCAUCAGUAGCCCAGAGAUCAAGGCCAUCGCCCCACAGCUCAUUAGCGCCAUGACCGAUGGAGCUCAGUUUGAGCACAUCACACGUAAUGUGCUUGAUAAGCUUCUGGCGACCUCAUUUGUACAUCACAUUGAUGCGCCAUCCCUUUCAUUGGUGUGCCCACUGAUCCACCGGGCCAUGAAGGAACGUUCCGGCGACAUGAAACGGAAAGGCGCGCAGAUCGUGGGCGCAAUGGUGCUCCUCAUCAAGGAUGCCAAAGAUAUUCAGCCCUACUUGGAGAUGCUGAUCCCACAGCUCAAAGUCACCUUAGUGGAUCAGGUCCCCGACGUGCGGGCGACCUCAGCGAAGGCUUUCGGGACCUUGGCCAAUGCCUUGCCGGAAGACAUGUUGGGCGACGUGUUGCCGUGGCUCUUCGAGAUGCUCCGCUCCUCGGGCAGCGCCGUGGAGCGCAGCGGCGCCGCGCACGGGCUCUCCGAGGUCUUGAUGGCCAAGGGCUCGGAUCGCAUUGAAAUGCUUUUGCCUGAUAUCCUCACGAACGCCAGCAAUCAGGAAGCGGAUCCAGAAGCCAGGGAAGGCUACAUGGGACUUUUCUGCUACCUUCCCGUGGCCAUGGGAUCCACCUUUGAGCCCCUGGCCUUCACUCGG